CAGUGACACAUCAGCAGUGCCACAUCAGACACAGUGACACGUCAGCUACAGUGACACGUCAGCAGUGCCAUGUCAGACACAGUGCCACAUAAGCAGUGCCACAUCAGCAGUGCCAGGCUAGACACAGUGCCACGUCAGCAGUGCCAGGUCAGCAACGUGACGGGCCUGCCAGGCCAACUGGCCAAUGAGCCCAUUGCCGACUACAAAAAGCGCUUCCAGGCUCAGCUCGCUAUCAUCGAGGCUGAGGAACAACGCCAGCUGGCGGCCAAGGCUGCCCAGCUACAGGCUGAAGAAGCGGCAACAGCAGAGAAGCUGCGGCUACAGGCCGAAGCAGACGCAGAUGCCCAGGCUCGCCGCAAGGAAGCCCAGGAUCUGCUGCAGCGGCAUGAAGCCAACAGCAUCAAGAGACUCAAGUUCUGGCACUUUAAACCGAACGGCGACGAGGCAACACCGGAAGAACAACACAAGGAGUUCAUGGCCAAGCUCGUGACCAGGUUGGUUUAUACUUGUAAACACCUACAGUCCGAGCUGGUGAAGCUCCAGCGGGCCGUGCGGAACCAUAAGACUCAGCACGAGGAUGCCGCACGGGCACUGGACGCCCGUGUACUGGACCUGGAACAGGCUGUACCAGGACCAGAUGCAGGGGCUUCCAACAGUGCACCCUCUAGCCGCCAACUGGAGGAACGCGUUGACCACGUAGUGGCAAUGCUAGGAGACAUAAGUGCCUUUGCAGAGCCGGCCACCAUCAGCCAGAGGUUCGAGUUGCUGGACACCAAGAUCAGUCAGCAACAGCAGACUGACCACAGCCACAACAACAGCUCGACGAGGCCAUAGAAGAUGCCGACGUUCCGGAUCGAGAAAUUUGAUGA